CUCGACUGCACGCCCUCCUCCACCACCUCCCACCUCCCACCCAGCGCCCCCACACCCGCACGCGCUGUCCACCAUGGGAGACACCGAGUCCUUCCUCCACCUCGCCCGCCCGCUCGGCCCAGCGCCCGUGGGAGCGCAGCCCUCAACAGCCCCGCUAAGCGUCGUGAUACAACCACAAGCCGUCUUCUCCAUCCUCGACCACUCCCUCCGCCGCCCCGCCGACCAAGACCGCGUCAUCGGCACGCUCCUCGGCACGCGCACCGAAGACGGCACCGAAGUCGAGAUCCGCAACUGCUAUGCAGUCCCGCACACGGAGACGGCCGAGCAGGUCGAGGUGGACAUGGACUACCAGAAGCAGAUGCUGGCGCUGCACCUGCGCGCGAACCCCCGCGAGGUGCUCGUCGGCUGGUACGCCACCAGCUCCGAGCUCAACACCUUCUCCGCCCUGAUCCAGAACUUCUACUCGCAGCAGGGCGACGGCACGUUCCCGCACCCGGCGGUGCAUCUGACGGUCAGCACAGUCCCCGGCAAGGACAUCGAGGCGCGGACGUACAUCAGCGCGCCGAUUGGCGUGACGGCGGAGCGGGCGGCCGACAGCUGUCUCUUCAUCCCCGUGCCACACGAGCUCAAGUACGGCGAGGCGGAGAAGAGCGGGCUGGAGCUCAUCUCGGGCGCCAAGGACCGCGAGGACCGCUCGCAGGGAAUCCUGACGGACAUCGAGGCGCUGGAGCGCGCAGUGCAGCAUGUGCUGGAUAUGCUGGAGCGCGUGUCGAAUUACGUGAAUAAUGUGCUGGAUGAGGAGGCGACGCCGAGCUCGGCGCUGGGCCAGUUUCUGAUGAAUGCGUUGAGUUUGGCGCCGAAGGUGGAUCCGCAGGAUAUUGAGAGGGAUUUCAACAACCACAUCCAAGACGUCCUAGUCGUCUCCUACCUCGCCAACACAAUCCGCACCCAAAUCGACCUCUCCAACCGCCUUGCCACCGCCGCCCUCACCAUGGGCACCGGUGACCCACUAGGUGGUGCUGCCGGCGACGGCGAGCGAAAGGAGGGCGGCGGCGGCAGGGGACGAGGUGGAAGGGGGCGCGGUGGCGGGAAUCGCGGGGACCGAAACAACAACAGGGACAGAGAGAGCGAGCAGUAGACGGUGUCCGUUUCCCCGAAUUCAAACAUCCCAGUCUUGGCUUGUGGGCUCUUAGUGUGAUUGCAUUUCUUGUGCGGCAAAAAGGGCGUUUGGUUGGUCUGUCUCGGUCUAGGAUUGGAGGCGGGCCAUGGGAUGUGGGAUUGAUCGAUCGAUAGACGCCAUGAUUAUGAGCAUGGAUGGGAUUGCAGAUUUGAUCUGUACUAUGUGGAAACCUCAUGAGGUCCGUUAAGAGGCAAUUGAAAGAAAAAGACAAAACAUAUGCAUUUUCAC